AUGUUAAAAGCAACACCAUCCGGUAUGAGUAAUACAUCUAUAUUAUUAACAUCAUCAUCUUCAACAAGUGCACCAUCACCAUCACCAUUACCAUCAGAAAUAUCUAAUGAUACAUCAUCAAUUUUAUCCGUAACAGAUGAUUUAUCUGAAGAAUUAGAACAACGUGGUUUUAUUAUAAGUCGAUCAGCUACAUAUUUAAGAUUAAUGCCUCGUCAAUUAAAUACUAGUGAAGGUAAACGACAUGUAUCUACAAUACCAGUUAAACUUGUACGUGCACAUAAUACUGGUCGUUGUUCACAUGCAGAUUCUUAUUUUGCUGCAGCUACAGUUGAGUAUUUAAAAGAUUUAGCAACAUUAUUCGGAUUAAAAUCUGUUUUUGUUAUGAUUCAAGAUGAUAACGCACGCGUACCAUUUGGUAUACCUGCUGCUAAACAACAAGCACCAUUAUUGAUGCAGUUUUGGAAUAUCGUAUCGAAUUAUCAGAUCAUGAUUUUGUUAUUGCUCAAAAAAAAUAAACUUAUUCCAUCUCAUGAUCCAACUUAUAUUGGUAUUAGAUUUAGUAAACAUGAUCAUUCAACAGCAUUUACUCACCUAGCUGAGUUAUCUAAAUUUUUAUCAUUAACUAAAUUUAAACAUCAUUCACAUAUGGAUAAUAAUGAAUUAAAACCAAUUUUUAUUUUAUUUAUUGAUAGUGAUCUUGAUGAAAAUCCUAGAUUUCCUAAAGCAAGACAAUGUUAA